ACCUGGACCUGUGGGAGGACUUCACGGGCAGCAGCGAGGAUGCGAGCGGUGGGCGAUCAUCGCUCUGCUCCAGCAGCUCCGUCGGGACGCGACGCAGCGUCAGCGCGUCCGUGAGCGGCUCGCAUCGCUCCGACGCCGAAGUCGCGGUGGAUAUCGAGGGGCAGGACGGAUCGGAGAAUUCAAGCUUUGUAGACUCGGAGAACGAGUUCACGGCGUCGCUGCUCGGCAGCGGAGGCUACCGGCAAAGAGAGGACGGCGAGGCCUCGGUCGCAGUCAUUAUUGAGGAGGAGGACGAGGAGGAGUUGGAGGUGGGGAAGGAGGAGGAGGAGGAAGGCAUCGACCUCAUCGCCGACGGGAAAGCCCUGGAGCCUCAGAGCUGCAGCAACAGCUCCAUGGCAAAAUCGACGGUGCAGAAGCUGCCCAGGCAGCUGGUCGGAGACGGCCCCGGUGCCCUCGAGAAGAGAGCUCCGCGCUGCAAACGCAUCGAUGCCCAGGGAGCACAGGCAGCCGCCCCCAUGGCCGGCAAGUACAAGCGGCAGCGCUACGUGACCAAGGAUGGAAAGUGCCGCGUGCGGUUGGGCCACAUCCAGGACAAGAUGCGCUUCCUCUCCGACAUGUUCACCACCAUCGUUGACCUCAAGUACCGCUGGUUCCUCGCCAUCUUCACGCUCUGCUACCUGCUCACGUGGCUGCUCUUCGGGCUCGUCUACCUGCUCAUGGCGCUCAUCCGAGGUGACCUCGACCCCCAGGAGGGGCACCAGGCGUGCUUCGACAACGUGGACGGCUUCCUCGGCGCGCUGCUCUUCUCCGUCGAGACUCAGCGCACGAUCGGGUACGGCACGCGGUCGGUGACGUCACAAUGCCCCGAGGGGGCCAUCUUGGUGAUGGUGCAGUCCAUCCUGGGCUCGAUCAUCGACGCGCUCAUGGUGGGCUGCAUGUUCGUGAAGAUCGCGCGGCCCAAGAAGCGCGCCGAGACGCUCGUGUUCACGCAGCACUGCGUCGUCUCGCAGCGCGACGGCCACAUCUGCCUCAUGUUCCGCCUCGGCGACCUGCGGGACACCCACCUCGUGGGCCCCAACAUCCGCGCCAAGCUCGUCCGCUCGCGACAGUCCAAGGAGGGUGAGUUCCUGCCGCUGGAGCAGUCGGACAUCAACCUGGGCAGCGAGACGGGGAGGGACAGCCUCUUCCUCGUGGAGCCUCUGCUCAUCUACCACGUCAUCGAUGCGAGCAGCCCGUUCUGGGAAUUCUCGGCGGAGUCGCUGCAGCACGAGGAGUUCGAGAUCGUGGUCAUCCUUCAGGGGACGAUUGAAGCCACCGGUAUGACGUGCCAGGCGCUGACGUCCUACACCAACGACGAGAUUCUGUGGGGCCAUCGCUUCGAGCCAGUGAUGUCGCUGGUGAAGGGCGCCUUCAAGGUGGACUACAGCUGCUUUGAGAACACGUACGAGGUGAACCUGCCGACCUGCAGCGCCAAGGAGAUGUACGAGAAGCAGCAGGCUGCCCUAGGCCUCAUCUAACAUCACCGGACGGCAGGGGCCGCCCAGAAUGGGUCAGUGGGGCGGUUGGGCAAAAUUGUCCAUUUGCCACUUUUGCCCCAAACAGGGCCCAACAAUUGGCAUGGUGACAUUCUGUGUUCUGGGCCUUCCCAAGAACCUGGAGGUGACCCUGCUGGAUGGUUCCACCAAUGCUAUUAUAUCGACUGGAGUUGGGACGAUUUGUCAGUUAGGUCAAUGAAUGAGUCCAUUGGGUCAAGUCAUCGAUAAAAUGGUGGCCACCCCUACAUUCCGUCUCCCAAAGGUGAGAAACCCCUUUACAAGCUCCACACAUCACCUUCCUCGGAGGUCAGAGCGUGGAGUUUGCACCACUGAGAGUUCAUAUCCGGGUUUUCUGCUGCCCGUGAUUAAACUGUGUUCUCAAUUGUCGUGAGUUGAUGGUCUGUUUCAGCCCCGUAAACAAUGACUGCAGAAAAGCACCACCCACGAUAUUCCAUGUGGCUCUGUACUUAAUUUGGCUAUAAUGCUAGCUUUGAAAAUGAAUUUUACUUUUGGUCUAACUGUCAUAUCACAAGCAUUACUCACGGUAGGAGGCGGGUGAGAAAUUACAUUGUCGCCUGAUGUCUUUAAGAGGUCACUAGAAGGUAUUUCAGAUGUGAUCAUGUAAUGUCUACUUCCACGGAUUGUUGUACUGUUCUCUCACACAGGGCGAUGCACUUCUUUUUUUAGAGUUCUAAAAUAGAAUCCUAAUAUUCUUUGGGUCUUUCAGUAAAGUCACGUAGAUAGGUUCAAAUUAAUAAAAAAUAAAAUAAACAAAAAAACUACGACGUUUGGAUCACAACACAAAGCGACUCUCAUCAGGAGGAAAAAAUACGGCGAUCGCUUGUGCUGUGAUCGAAACGUCGUAGCUUUAUUUUAUUAUUUUUUUAUUAUUUGAACCUAUCUACGUGACUUCACCGAAAGACCCAAAGAAUAUGAAUUCCUGCAGUCAUGGAAGCUUUAAGUCAAGAUUUAGAGUUUUAAUGUACUACUUAUGUAUUUACUGUUUACUAUUAAACGACUAUUUUUAUUUUACCAGGUAACACCCACUGAUCUAUAUAGCCCUUUUUCAGAAGCUCAACCAAGUGGCUUAUCGUGUGGAAAUGUAUAGCAACCAAAUAAUCUA